GAAAAUAUGGAAACAGCGGCAAAGUUUACGUUAUCACACUCUCUCACGUGCAUAUUAAUAUUGUGACGGACUGAACAUUUUUCAUUUAAUUUUGUUAGCUUAACAUUAUACUUUGAGAAGUCGACAAGCUUUACCGACCAGCAUUAUCUGUCCAUCCUAGUGUUGGGACACGUUCUCGCUUUUUUCUUGGUCAACUGUUAAGCGGAACCUUGGGAAGCUGAAAAAACAGAUCUCCUCUGCAAUGAUUUCAACAUAAAAUCAGGGCUGCAAAUAUUUUCAUCCCAUGUCCGAAUAUUAUUUUCUGGCUAGAAAGAAGGAAAUCUUCAUCUUCUGGCAGUUCAGGAUUUUAAAAUAUCAUCUCUGAUAUUUGAAACACAGGUGAGUGUUUAACAUUUAACCCGCCGGAGAUGGCACCGAAGAAAGCAGUACCGUCACUACAGGAUUUAUCUUUGGAAAUAGUAAGCGCCUCCACUCUAUCUGCUAUUUUAGAUCCAUCUCCUUCGAAUGAAUUCAAUGGCAUAGAACGGCUUAAAACCCUGAACAUUCUACUCAAUAGUCACAUCCUCCGGUGUCAUCCCAGGUUCCUCUCACAACUCUGUGUCAAAGGAUUAAAGUCAAUAUACUCUCAAAGCAUCGGGAAGAAACCAAAUGAAUUUUACAAGUAUAGGGAACAAAUAGCUAAUCAUCUUUUUAGUGUGUUCUCAAGUGUUCAGCCGUUGAUGAUCAAUACAGAUGAGUGGAGUGAUGAUAUUUUUCAUAAUCUCGUUCAGCAGUACGAUAAAUUGCUCAAUGUGAAAAUUUUCCAAAGCACACAAAAAUAUCCAGCCGACGACAGUAGAGAACUUCUCCGGAAAAGGAUUUUUUCGCGCUGUUCUUCGUGGUCCCAAUUGCAGUCUUUUACGAUGCUCUAUUCUUGUACAGAUAAGAUUAUUAACAUAAUUGCGCUGAAUUGUCCACUUCUUCAAGUGUUGGAUGUGAAAUUCUCCUCAAAUGUGUCAGAUAGCUGCGUUAGAUGCCUUAAAAAGUCCCGUUUUUUACGAAAAGUACACCUCUCAGAAACGCAUAUAAGUUCAGCAGGGCUAGCUGAGUUCCUCACAGAAUCAGAUUCAAGUCAACUGAGAGAUUUUGAGUGUCUUUUCAAUGGACAUAGAUAUAUCCUCCGAAACGCCUUACUUCGCAUGGAUCAAAUUGCUCAGCACUCCUACUCUCAAUUUUCAAAGGAUUCCAUUGCCCCUUUUUCGUCGACUCUAAUCGAAAGUUUUCGCUGUUUUGACUUGGACACACAAAGCUUAAUCCUCUUAAGUAAAUACUUUCCUUCGAUAUCAGAACUGUUUUUAGAAUAUCAACAAGGAAUGCUUGAUUUCAGUAUUAUACCUCAGAUGAUGGGGAGUCUUAGCAAGUUGAAUCUAAUUCUUCCUUCCAUUGGUAAUCAACCUUUCAAGAAUGCCGUUCUAUUUUGCGGCUCACUUAUUACCGAGUUGGAUGUGUUGUGUGGAGUUCAGUCUCAUCUAAACGAGAUGAUGAGCACCGUUCCAUUACUUUGUCCCAAUAUUGAAAUUCUCAAGUUCAAACAGAUAGCGUUUUUUGAUGAAGACUCUUUCUUUCCACCCAGGAUCGAACCUCCAUUUAAGCCUUUCACGAAGCUAAAGUCGCUCACCUGGAUCACUUGCUCCCAAAUUUGUUACGCUAAUUUUAUUUUGAAACACGCUCAUGACAUCAAGAAAAUCGACGUUGAAGCUGAACGGGCUGCCGAAAUCCUUUUUAAUGAUUUUUUACUCAUUAUCCUCGAGACCAAUCGUUUGCAGCAGCUCGAGCACUUGAGGUUGAUGCAUUCUCAUAACUUCACAAUAAGUUUAGGGAUGCUGGAAUUUGUUGUAGCUAAUUUUGAAAGAAUUGCAUCCAUUACUUGCAACCUAAGUUCUGACGAUAGAAGAGCUAUGGAAUCAUUUAUCAAAGAAAAUAAUUACGAUGUUAAAUUAUUGUGAAGUGUGGAUGUCUCUGUUUUUAUCAACACUCUAUUUUUCAAAAGCUUGUAUGUGAUUCUAUUUAUAGCACUCCUAGGAGUUCCAAAAUGGAAAUGACUGCCUAAACUUAAAUGAUAAUACAAAUAGCCGCAGGUCUUAGAUGCCUGUGCGAGCAAACAUAUUGAAUCUUAAAUGGUACUUGUCCCUAUCAAUGUGCCAGUCCUCAGCGCCAAUACUUCAAUUCCCAUGUGACACGGGAGCUCCUGCACGUCUCACUAGCGUGUCUUGCUUGGUCGCCCAGUCUCCAGGUUACACUUGCAAUUUCUAAGAAAAGUACAUAUUGAGAAUUUUAAACCACUUUACCGCCGUACAAAAAAAUAAUAAAGGGUCACAGGAAAAGGAACACAACCCGAGAGAGAAACAGGAAAACGCUCUAAUUUUAGCUCUUGCAUGUCACAGAGAUUUGCAAUGCAAGAACUUUUCUUUUAUAAAAUUUUGCAAGAAAUAGGAUGGUGUUGGUUUUUUCUGAAACAAACUCCCAAACUCAACCAAAGCUCUCAAUGUUGAGACUGUGAUGGAUUGCCUGUAUUUAGGUGAGUCCACCUCUAUUUUCAGUCAAACUCUCCAUAACACAUACAUUAGCAGUGGCAACCUUGCAGUGGAUUUUGUUGACAAUCUCCUUUAUUUUGAGCCUUUCUUUGAGAGUUUUUUUAGCUUGGAAAAUUUCAUAGGAAAUUAAUUGCUUCAUUGUGUUUUUUUUUGUGUAAUUAAAUUAAAAAAAGUACUCAAAUUGCAAAUCCCUGCAGCUGAAUUUUCUCGAAAAAUUCUAAAGCUUAGUUUUUAGACCAAUCAAAAACCUGUCUGAGUUCAUUUUCUAGCCGAAUUUUAUUGAUUAAAAUCUAAUAUUAAUAUAAUAUUAAUAUUUCCCAUAAAGUUGUCCAUACUUACAUUUUUACUCUUCAGAGCCAGUACAAUUUAUAGUCGACUUGUGAUAUUCUCGGCAACUGAAAUCUAACAAAUCAGUUAAAAAAGUGAUCAUAAAACUUAUGCAUCCUUAUAGAAAAAAAUUAAACUAGGUAAGGUGUAAAUUUAAGAAAAUAAUUUUGUAUUAUUCCAACAAGCAAGGAUCAUUCACAAAGUGUGUAUCCACCUCCUCACCCUCCAAAUGUAUUAUCCACUGUGAAAGUGUUUCAAGGGCAGAUUCAUUAUUGAACUUCAAUAUGUUACCCAUAACUUUGACAUGGAAGUGAAUCAUCAGUGAAAUUGAAGAGACAUCGUAUCAUCAAAUCCUGUUUUGAUAUAAUCAUGGUUUUAACUUUCUCACUGUCUAGAAUUAUAUUUAUGAGAGUCAGGUAGCGGCGUACCUCAUACCUCAACCUUUACAAUACUGAAAAUUUUUUUAAAAAAUUGCAAGGGAAAAUGCUGAUUAGUAUUCUCUAAAGAAAGUGAAACAUAAUCGAAGUUCCUUCAAUACUGCGAUUGAGUUUUGCAUUUUUUACAUUUAAUCAUUGUGAAACACAGUUAUAUGUUUGAGAGGCUUGUUUUCAUUGCUUGUAUUGCUAUUCAGUUUUUAGCGUUACAUUUAUCAACCAUGUAUCGUUAUUAAUUUUCUCUGAGAUGGGGAGGAAAUUCUUUUGAUGAUGGAGGUCAAGUUACUCUUUCAACAAUGCCAAAAACAAUAGAUGUUUGUGAACAUUUGAAAGCAUCCUUCACUCAGUAGCAGUUACUGAGACUUUUAUUUUUAUGAUCUAUUUGCUGUGUGAUCAAAUUGUUUAUGUUCUUUAUUAAGUUCCUCAUAAGUUAAAAAAUAUCAUGAUUGUGUCAAGUAACCUAAAUGCCCAAGAUUUGUAGUGAAACUUCUGUCGGUUCAAUGAGGGUACACAUUUUUUCAGAUAAUAGAAAUAUGUGGAUAAAGUCCUUUCUGAUUUUAGCUGUACUUUUGAAGCAAUAAAAUUAAUGAGAGGAAGAAAGUUCAUGAUGCUCUCUUUGGUGUCAUCCUAAACUUGCUUGAUAUGAUUUUGAAACGUGUGGAAGAUUCUCCUAAGCAUAAAAUUAAUCCAUUACAAUGGCAGUCAGAGGAUAAAUCCCUAAUUCUUUUGAGCAAGCAUUUUCCCUCUGUGACUCAACUUGCUUUAGCAAGCGAUAAAAGUUGCAACUGAUCUCUGUCAUUUACAAAGUAGUAUGAGAAAUUUAGAUGAUUUAACUUUAAAGCUAUUUUUAGAUCUUAUUUCUGGCCCAGCUUUUCGUUGUUCCCUAAUCUCUUGUGGCUCUCUAAUCGAAUCAUUGGACCUAUCAUCUGAUGAUGAUCAGUUUUUUCUCGAUGAGUCGAUGCUGAUUUUACCCGCAUCUUGUCCCAACAUUGUUAGCUCACGGUUCGGACAGAGGGCAAUUUUUCAAGAGGACUCCUUUUCUCCACCGUUACUUAGCCUUUUUUCACAUCAUUUUAUAAAUCUUAAGUCGUUAACCUGGACUGGGUGUUCUCAUCUUUCCUAUGCUGAGUUUAUUUUAGUGCACGAUGCCCACAACAUUUAAAAAAUUAUGCAAACAUGUUUGCUGGUUUUCCCUCACUUGAAUUUCUCAUCAACAACAUUGAAAAUAAUUCUUUAUCACAGCUUCAAGAGUUGACGCUGACACACCCAGACCCUUCCGCAUCUUCUUACAUUCUCGGUAAGCUCCAGCUUCUCCGUCUUAUGUAUCAUUGUCAAAAUGUGUCUUAUAAUAACCUGUUUUCUGAUGUAGAUACUAUUGUCUGAGUCUCUCAUGUUUCAUUUUUCAACAGAGAACUAAAAGGCCUUUAAAUUUGUUUGUGAAUCAUCACAAAAAUUUCA